AUGGCACAUUUUUCCAUGAAUGCCGCGGAUCAGGGAGACGAAUCCUCGGACUCCGAUCAUAGGCAGAAAAGGCGCAAGACAAAUCCAAUGAGCCAUUCCAAGCCAAAUGGAUCUAUCAAUCCCGGAGCUUCACCGGCCGCCAACUCCUUCGCCGCCAAAAUGAUGGCAAAGAUGGGGUAUGUCGAGGGUCAAGGUCUUGGGGCUACAGGGCGAGGUAGACUCGCUCCGAUCGAGAGCCAACUGAGGCCACAGGGGGCCGGACUGGGUGCAGUAAAAGAGAAAACCAAGCAGGCGAAGGAGGAGGAGAAAAGAGAAGCUGCAUUCCGAGGCGAAGUGGUCGAGGAGUCGUCUGAAGAGGAGAAGAAGAGGCGGCGAAAGCUCAAGGAGAAGAGAGCAUCAGAUGGAACGAACGCGGUGGGCAUUCCAAGAAAAGCGAAGCCGAAGUAUAAGACGGCGGCAGAUAUGGAGGCAGCAGCGGAGGGGCUGGAAGUACCAAAUGUGUUGAUGUCUCUCAUAGAUGCUACAGGCCAGGAUACGAAGCUCCUUACAUCGACCGCUGGAUUGAUGAACUCUCAGACGAUGGUACCGAGUGAAACAGAAUCAUCAAAGAUUGCACGUAGGGCACGACGAGAUCUCGAAGCAUUCACCGACGAGUGGACCGCUUUGAUGGAGAGGAAGAUCUAUUUCGAGGCUCAAGAGGCUCAUUUGACCUUGGAGAUUGAAAAAGACGGAGAAGAAGGAAAAAGUUUUCGUGAUAUGAAAGACAUGAUUGAAGCUGCGGAAGAUCUUCAGCGAGUGAAUCUAGAUGAUGAUUUGGAUGACACUUAUCGAUGGGAAGCUUGUACGAAGAAGUUCGAGUCCUUCCAGAGAUCCAACAUAGGACAGCCAUCGGUAUUGCAAGAGCUCGCCGUCGCAGCACUUCAUCCUUUGUUCAAACACGAAAUGCAGAAAUGGGAACCGUUGAAAUUAUCACGGGAGCCAAAAGGCGGGCUGCCGUAUUUGAAGAGACUUCAGCAAGUUCUUAUUCCUCAGCGAGAAUUCAGUACCGAGCUUGCACUUCAGCACGGCGACUCCUACUCUAUACCGCAGACUAAAUCUACCACCCACUACGAAACUAUGAUUUAUUCCCUCUGGCUUCCGCCAAUGAGGUCUGCUAUAACAAAUGAUUGGGAUGUUUAUCAGGACUCAGAUGCUCUGAUCGAUCUCCUCAAAGCAUGGAAACCUGUUCUUCCUCCAUUCAUUUGGGCCAAUGUCAUUGAUCAGCUUGUUGCGAAACGUCUCACUGGAGCAGUAGCUGCCUGGAAGCCACGCAACGCUCAGAAGAGCCACAGAAACUCUUCUAGGCCACCUCAUGUCUGGCUGUUCCCGUGGCUUCAGUAUUUAGAUGAACAACAUACAGAUCCAAAAAGCUCGACAGGACUGUUAUCCGAGGUCAAACGGAAGUUUAAAAGCGUGCUGUCUACCUGGAAUUUGUCUACUUCUCUACCUGUCGGAAUUGAGGAGUGGCGAACAGUGCUUCAGUCUGAGCUUCCUUCUAUGCUCGUUCGAAAUUUGCUUCCACGCCUUGCCUUGCAUCUCUCCACAGACCUCAUCAUCGACCCGAGUGAUCAAGAUCUCACUCCGUUAGAAGAUGUGCUGCGGUGGGCUCCGUUCUUCCCCCUCGAGACGAUGGCACAUCUGCUCAUCGCAGAAUUCUUUCCCAAAUGGCAUCAAACCCUCUAUGUCUGGCUUACCUACGAAGGCGUGAAUUACGCUGAUGUUAAGAACUGGUACAGUUGGUGGAAAGAGCAGGUUUUAGGGAAAGCAUUGUCAGCUGGGUUCAAUGAAUUAUCGUCAAUCGCAGGUGAAUGGAACAAGGGCCUCGAAACUAUGAGCCAAGCUCUCGACCUACUCGAAAAGGGCAUGGACGUAAGCACGCACUUGCCAGCGCCAUCGCUGGAUACGUCCUCUGAAUUGAACCAGGGGACCCCUCCUAUAUUAACACCGACUGCUUCAAAAUCAUCCGGACCACCACCUCCUCCUUUCACAUCUUCAACGACAUCUCAUACUUUCAAAGCUCCACAGAUCGAUAAUCCAAUAACGUUCAAAGACGUGGUGGAGGAGUGGUGUGCAGAGAACGGUCUUCUCUUAUUUCCUCUCCGUGAAGCCGAUCUACAGACUGGGCUUCCUCUUUUCCGCGUCACGGCUAGCGCAAGCGGCAGAGGAGGUGUCGUUGUCUAUCUCAAAGGAGACGUGGUCUGGGUUCGAGGUAUUGCUACAGCAGGGACCGAAAAGCGUAUAUUCAUGCCUGUGGGACUUGAUGAAACGUUGGUGGCAAAAGCCGAAGCAAGAUAA